AUGGCCAUGUCGACCUACCCAGCGCUUGCCCACCACCACCACCACCAUUACCACUCGGCGCAGCAGCAAAUGCAUGACGCUCAAAGCCGAGGAACAGCAGCGGCAUCAGCUCACUCGAACUCGUCGGCGGCUCUCGAUCUCGAUCUGUCGAAUCUGUCGCUGCAAGAUGCGCCUCAUCGCCAGCAGCAGCAUCAACACCAGCAGCAGCAGCAGCACCCACAUCCUGCACUGCACAACUUGCACCAGCAGCACUUCAAAUCGAGAUCCGCUUUCGAGGAGCCUUCACAUCAAGCACCGCAGAGCCAGCGCUCAGCUCGAUCGCAUCCAAAUGACUUCGUUCAUCCUCUGCAUGCUGGUCGGUCAUCUCAGCCGACGCUCUUCCAGCCCCAGCCGUUCGGCGCCUCGAAUGCACCGCCGGAUCAUCCUCUCCAUGCCACGACUAAGCUCGAUACGCCGAGGAGAAGGGGUGUGGUCAAAUUCUUCAGUCAGUUCCCGUCCUCUUGCUUGCAGCAUUGCCGCCCCGGGAGCGGCCACGGCUUUUUCUCGGGCGCCUCCUCGUCGUCGUCGGCCUUAGUCAUGCAUUCCUGGCCCCGCCGCGCUUCGGUCCCGCGCGCAAACGCGCCCUGCCGUUCGCUCACUGUCCGAGCGCGGGUUCAACCGAAGCCCUUCGGCGCCGGGGUGCCCUUCUCGCUGCUGGCAGAGGGGUGGAUGAUGUCAUGGAAGGUGCGGGCCCGCCCUCUCCGUCGUUCAUCGCACCUGGGCAGCCUCGGCCUCCAUACAUGACGUGGCGUUCGCAGUCGAAAAAAAGAGCUGAUGUACUGAACUCACACCUUACUCCGACUCUCCUCCGCGACCACUUUUGGAAAUGUCUGCUAUUUUCGACACCCGAUCCUAUUUUUCCUCCUCGCCUUCGACCCACUGCUUCGGCUACCGUUCCUUGCAUCGCAUGCUUUCUCUUUCUCUUUCGGUAAACAGACUCUUUGAAGGGUUUCGGUUUCAUCGUCGACAAUGAUCCUGCAGCUUUGGGCGGACAAGAGGGUGAGUUAGGUGCCGCCGUGCUCUUUGUCUAUGUUCCAAGACGUCAGCGCUUUUCCUGUCCGACACGGAGCAUGGCCACUCACGCGCGACCGAGCCAAAUCGAGGAAGAGGAACCGACUUGCCCACCAAGAGUCUGCAGUGUGCUGGCCGCUAAAGAUUUCCAGAGUACUAAGCGUUCUGCUUCUGCUUCACAUGUUCAUCUAGUGUUCUGUCACUUCUCCGCCAUUUCUGGAAAAGGUGGCUUCCGCUCGCUGGCCGAGGUAAGUGAUGCCGGGAGACAAGCGCAGCGAUUCACUUUGCGGGGGCCUUGGCUGACCUUUGAUCUACCACUUCCUCUCGAUUCGUUGCGUCAUAGGGCGAAGAAGUUGAAUACGAGCUGGUUCAAGGACCAAAAGGCUUCCAAGCCACGAAUUUGACCGGGCCUCAAGGUGAGUCAUGCGGUUCGUUCGCCAUCUGCGUCUCGAGCUCGAUCUGAACCAAGUUAUUUUUUGAUUCGACAGGACGCACCGUUGUGGGAGACCCGAAGGCACGCAUAACCAAACCUUCGCCCUACAUGCCAUUUGCGAUGCCUCAAUUCCUGUCGACGGACCCAUAUGCGCCGCAGGGAUGCGUUUUCGCGGCGGCGGGGUCCCCGUACAACCUCGUCUAUGUUCCCGCAUCGGUUGCCGUUUCUCCGGGGCAAUUUAAUGGAUAUGGUCACGCUCUUGCGCCGGGUCGUGAAGGACGUCAUGGAGCUAGUCCGUUCGGGUCCAACUAUUCCUUUACGCCUCCGGGGCCCUUGAACGGGGCCCCGGGUGCUUCUUCGCACACGAAUGGUGUGGAUUCCUCACGCGGUGGAACUGGAAGCGACUCGGAUCAUUACUCGUCGUCGUUGUCGGCACCCACGAGUUACCCGAGCAGCCGUGGGGGUAUCGGCGCUCCGCCCGCCGCCCCGUUCGGCGCCGCCGACUACGGCAAAGAUAACGCCCUAUUCGACAAGGACUCGACGCGAAAUCAGGGCAGCAACACCGCCAACGGAUCCUCGUUCGGCUUCGCGCCCUUCUCGCCCGCCUCCAGCUCCCAGUUGCCGCUCUUCGAUGAUGGCGCACGAAGCGCGCGAGCCUUCGACUCCCACUUAAUUCCCUCCCAGGCCCCGGGUUCGUCCUCGAACCGGCCUUCAUCGCGAGGCAGUCUCAUCUCUGCGUCGAGCGUCAGCGGCAACGUCGUGAGCUCACUCCUUCCCGCUCCUAGCAACGUUUUUGACGCCCUCCGUCCCGCGCCGAUCGGCUCGCGUAGUCGCUCACCCGGCACGAACCACGGGACCCCUCUGGGCAAUGGCUCUUUGUCGGGCAACGAGUGGAAAUCGUCGCCCGUCCUCUACACCUCAGCGUCUUCCUCGGGUGAACACUAG